GGCGUCACUGUGACAUUCAUCAGAUGACUGGAAACUACAUGUGGGACGAAUCCUCCAAGAAGGAGUUUUUGAUUGGGACAAACCCCGACAGCCUGAUGCCUCUGUGGUGGGACGGGUCAGAGCCGCUGUGGGUCACCCUGCAGAAGCUGGGAAAGAAGGUGUUCAUGUACUACUGGCCUGGCUGUGAGGUGGAGAUCCUGAGUGUCCGUCCAUCAUUCUGUGAGAAAUACGUCUACAAUCCAUCGGAGAAAAACCUCACAGACUCUAUAGAGAAUGCUCUCAAUGUCAUCAGGUCAGGCCAGGCGGGUAUGACAGCAAUAUAUUAUGAGAAAAUCGAUGUGGAGGGCCAUCACUUCGGCCCAGACUCUCCUCAGGUCAGAACAGCUGUGCAACAGCUGGAUCUUGCUAUUCAGACCCUCAACAGGAAAAUCAAAGAGAAGAACAUGGUGAACCAGCUGAACAUCAUCCUGUUUUCUGACCACGGUAUGACGAAGAUCCAGUGGAUGGAGAAGGUCAUCGAGCUGGACCAGUACAUCAACAUGUCCUCCAUCGCUAAGAUGAUGGACAGAGGGCCGGUGGUCAGUCUGUGGCCCCAAGAUAACAUGUACCAAGAGGUGAGGCUGUGUUCUCUGCUGAGGGGCCAGGCAGGGCCCAUGUUCUAAUGACAGCUGUAGUGAAGGGC